GUUCCUUAUAGGAACGCAUAUGGCCAUUCUCCACUGGAUGGCGAGUGGUACAAGAGGAGCGGGCUCUUGGAAGGGAAGGAUAAAGACAAGAGGGGAAGAGAGAGAGAUAGUUUGAGAGGAACAGAGAGAGGGCGGGAGAUACAGCACAGCAGCUGUAAAAAGGAGAGAAAAUCCCGGCCCAGCCUCUGCAAGCAUCAUUUCUUACAUCGGAUUUUAUCUGUUCUCGUCGCAACCAAUUUACGCCAAGAUAUGAGUUUCACCCACUGAAGUUACUUCAUGUUGAACUGACCGUGGUCCAGUGCUGUCCUCAGCCCUCCACUGUGCCGCCUCCUCCCAGUUCAGAGCCCUUCCGUCUAUCCGGUGUAAGCAGCCAUGACUAAGUCCUAUGAGUUUAACUGGCAGAAGCACCUGCCUGGCUUCAUGCAGGAAGGAGCCUCAUUCGACAGGUUUGACGAGGACCCUAAGAUCCUGUCUUUGUUUGAGGCAGCGGGGAAGAAGGAGGAGGAGCUGGAGGGAUGUGUCAUCUGUGUUUGCAGCGGCACCGACCUCGUCAACCUGUCCUUCAUGUACAUGGUGGCUGACAGCCCAGACACUGCUAGGAAGUGGACAGAGGGUUUGAGGUCAGUGAUCCACAACUUCAGAGCCAAUAACGUCUGUCCUAUGACAUGCCUCAAGAAACAUUGGAUGAGGAUGUGCUUUCUGACCAAUGUGAACGGCAAGAUCCCAGUGAGAACCAUCACACGGACGUUUGCAUCUGGGAAAACAGAGAAAGGAAUCUUUCAGGCUCUGAAGGAACUGGGUCUGCCUAGUGGAAAGAGCGAGGAGAUAGAAGACUCAGCCUUCCCCUUUGACAUCUUCUACGCCCUGACUCAGAAGAUCUGCCCUCGUACUGACAUCCAGGAACUCUUCAACAAAAUCAAUGGGGACAAAAGUGAUUUUUUAAACGUAGACCAGUUAGUCAGCUUUCUGAAUGAAAAUCAGCGCGACCCGCGGCUAAACGAGAUCCUGUUCCCCUUCUACGACCCGAAACGAGCUAUGCAGAUCAUCGAGAAGUACGAGAGAGACCCAGACCUCAAGAAGAAAGGCCGUAUGUCCAGCGAUGGUUUCUGCAGGUACCUGAUGUCAGAUGAGAAUGCCCCGGUGUUCCUGGACUGUCUGGAGCUGUACCAGGACAUGGAACAGCCGCUGGCCCACUACUUCAUCGCAUCCUCCCACAACACCUACCUGACCGGGAGACAGUUUGGAGGAAAGUCCUCUGUGGAGAUGUACAGACAGGUUCUGCUCUCCGGCUGCAGGUGUGUAGAACUGGACUGCUGGGAUGGAAAAGGAGAAGACCAGGAGCCUAUCAUCACUCAUGGCAAGGCCAUGUGUACUGACAUCCUCUUUAAGGAUGUGAUCUCAGCCAUCAGAGAAACAGCCUUUGUGACAUCUGAGUAUCCUGUGAUCCUGUCAUUUGAAAACCACUGCAGUAAACCCCAGCAGUACAAGAUGGCUCGGUACUGUGAGGAGAUCUUUGGAGACUACCUACUGAGGCAUCCUCUCGAGGGAUACACUGUUGAAGCGGGUCGUCCCUUGCCUUCUCCCAUCGACCUCAAACGCAAAAUCCUCAUCAAAAACAAACGCUUGAAACCUGAGGUGGAACAGAAGCAGUUAGAGUCCUUUAAGAAGCACAUGGAGGCUGGAGAGACCAACACACCAGCUAUCUUACUGGGAGCAGAGACAGAGGAAGAUGUGGAGAAUGCUCUAGGUGAUGUGAAGGAGGUGAACCCUGACUUGAAGAUCAGUACAUCAGAGGAGCCUAGUGAAGACAACAGCCUCAGCACCAGUGUCAGUGUGAAGAAAGAAGGAGAGGAGAGGGACAACAGCAUCAAAAAGGUUGUGGAGGAGGAUCCAACAGAAAUGUCUGAGGCCACAGAAGCUACAGACACCACAGACAUCUCAGAGGCUUCUGAGGAUAACAACAUCAAGAAGACUGGCGAGACGACGGAUGACGAGGAGGCUCUGAUAGCCUCGUACACAUACGUAGGAGCCACCACCAACAUCCACCCCUACCUCUCUGCCAUGGUCAACUAUGCACAGCCAGUCAAGUUCCAGAGCUUCGACGUCGCAGAAGAGAGGAACAUCCACCACAACAUGUCGUCAUUUAAUGAGUCAGUGGGUUUGGGUUAUCUAAAGACCAACGCCAUCGAGUUUGUCAACUACAACAAGCGUCAGAUGAGUCGGAUCUACCCUAAAGGAGGCAGGGUGGACUCCAGUAAUUACAUGCCUCAGAUCUUCUGGAACGCAGGCUGCCAGAUGGUCUCCCUUAACUACCAGACCCCAGAUCUGGCCAUGCAGUUGAACCAGGGAAAGUAUGAGUACAACGGAUCCUGUGGGUAUCUGUUGAAGCCAGAUUUCAUGCGUCGCUCAGACAGGAUGUUUGACCCCUUCUCAGAGACACCUGUGGACGGGGUUAUUGCUGCUACCUGCAGUGUACAGGUGUUUUCUGGUCAGUUCCUGUCUGAUAAGAAGAUUGGGACCUACGUAGAGGUGGACAUGUAUGGGUUGCCCACGGAUACCAUCCGCAAAGAGUUCCGCACCCGCAUGGUGAUGAACAACGGCCUGAACCCCGCCUACAACGAAGAACCUUUCGUCUUCAGGAAGGUGAUUUUACCAGACCUGGCUGUGCUGCGUGUAGCUGUGUAUGAUGACAAUAAUAAGCUGAUAGGUCAGAGGAUUCUACCGUUGGAGGGUCUACAGGCAGGAUACAGACACAUCUCUUUACGCAACGAAGGGAACAAGCCUCUGUCUUUACCCACCGUCUUCUGUAACAUAGUACUUAAGACCUACGUACCCGAAGGCUUCGGAGCCAUCGUGGACGCCCUGUCAGACCCCAAAAAGUUCCUGUCCAUAGCAGAGAAAAGAGCGGACCAGAUGAGAGCUCUGGGGAUUGAAACGAGCGACAUAGCAGAUGUGCCAAAUGAGAGUUCGAAGAACGACAAGAAAGGGAAGGUAAACGCCAACGUGAAGACCAACCUGACGCCACAGACCAGCUCAGACCCGGCUCAGUCUUCUACUUCUGCCCAGAACAACACCACUGACACCAAGAAGGAUAUAAAUGCACUGGUGCCUCAUGUGAAUAUUGAUGACUUGAAACAGAUGAAGACGUACCUCAAACUGAUUAAAAAGCAGCAGAAAGAGCUGAACUUUUUAAAGAAGAAACACGCAAAGGACCGCACCAUCAUGCAGAAGUGCCACUGCACCCAGGUGGACAAGAUGAUUUCUCAGCACGACAAGGAGAAGCUGACACAGGACAAAGUGCUGGAGAAGGCCAUCAAGAAACGAGGAGAAAACAACUGUCUGGAGUUGAAGAAGGAGACUGAGAGUAAAGUGGAGAAACUGAACACUGACCACAAAGCUAAGGUGAAGGACAUUACAGCCCAGCACACUAAGGAGUGGUCAGAGAUGAUCAACUCCCACAGCAGUGUAGAGCAGGAUAUGAAGGACAUCCACGUGGUCCAGCAGUGUGAACAGCUCAAGAAACUACUGAGUGGAGUCCAGGAACAACAGACUCUUUCGCUCAAAUUGAUUCACGAACGGCAGAGCAAGGAGAUGCGGGCCAACCAGGCCAAGACCUCCAUGGAGAACAGCAAGGCCAUCAGCCAGGACAAGACCAUCAAAAACAAGGCAGAGAGGGAGAGGAGAGUUAGAGAGUUGAACAGCAGCAACACCAAAAAGUUCCUGGAAGAAAGGAAAAGGUUGGCUAUGAAGCACCAGAAGGAGAUGGAGACGCUGGAGAAGUCUCAGAAAGAACAGCUAGAGAAACUGGACAAGUUCAAUGAGCAGGCCAAAGACAUCCAGCAGAUGGUGAAGCUGGAGGAGGAGAUGGACCGCAGACCAGCCACAGUGGUUUAACCACUCCCACCAACUGAGACACACACACAGACACACACACAUAUACACUGCCCAGACCAGCCACAUUAGUUUAACCACUUCCACCAACUGAGACAGACACACACACUCUGCCCAGACCAGCCACAGUGGUCUGAACACCCCCACCAACACCUAAGACACACACAAACACCCACACAGGCACCGAAUGCUCCCUCCAACAACUGUCGCAGAGACCCAGAAAUACUCACACACCCCACUACACACACCCCACUACAGACACCCCACUACACACACCCCACUACAGACACCCCACUACACACACCCCACUACAGAUACCCCACUACAGACACCCCACUACACACACCCCACUACACACACCCCCUAGAUCCCCCGUUUCAUUUCCUCACCCUGCAAUAUUGUCAUAGCUCAUAUCCUCUAUCCCUCUAAAUCUCCCUCAGCAAUGAACCACACCCACACACAGUCAGUCCCCCCCUCCAACUCCCCUGUGCUGUGGAGCCACCGGUGAUUGACAGUAAGAUGAGCGAAUGCUGUUUGAAGGUGGAUGGGACAUCCAAAACAUUGAGAGACACAUCCCACCUUCACCGUUCCAUUUCUCCACCACUCUACUACACCCGGAUCCGCUUUUUAUAAUCCUCCAUCUUUUUAAUCUGUUUUUAAUGGAAGCAAUGUUCGCAGAUAUCAAUAGUCACUGUACACAUACACAAAGACACUGAUACACACACACACAAUCGUUAUCACGUCUGUUCUUUCGGUUGUCAUGACGGCUUAAAUCAUGUUUUCUGUUCAAACUCUUGUAAUACUUUUAUUUUGUAUUUUUAAUGGUACCAGGUAUCAAUAACAGGACCAGAAUAUGGAGGGGGAAAAUACGGAUGUAUUAGUUAUACAUUUUAUGUCAGCACAAAAUAUGUAAAUAAUGCUGUAUGCUACGCAAGAGUUGCAGUAAUGUCCUGAGCACUUUAUAUGUGGUAGGCAUAAUGUGGUAGGCUAUCAUAACCCAAGUGAUAGAUUUCUCUGUUUUGAUGUGAAUGUAAACUGAAAAAGGACAAACCGUCAGAUGAGCGCUGUUCGGAGAAAACUAAGCCCAACGUCAGGUAGUCCUAAACACUGCAGCUUGUCCUUCACGUUUUGUUUCAUCAAGGGAUAUCUACGAAUUUUUCUCAGCUAAAAAAAUAUACAAAAGGCUAAACCAGAGACUGAUUUAGAUUAUUUCACACCGACAGAAGUGUAUAUAGGGAGUGUGGAUGUGUAGACCAGUGUUCUUUCACUGGCCUGUCUUGUAUGACACCGUGUUAGAUUCAGAAAUAACCAGUUAAUGUAUUGUAUGUGUCAAAUGGCAUAAAGAGGACAAUCAUUUUUAUUUAA